AUGUUAGCCUAUAGAAGAUGCGUAAUUACGUUUUAUUUGCUCUGUAUCGUAUAUUAUGUUACAGGACAGCACGAAAAAGAAAGUAAAUUUGGCGACAUCGUUAAAAGAACUGUAAUAGCCACGGCACACACAUGCAUGGACCACGUAAAUGCAACUGAGAAAGACUUGGAAUAUCUUCGAGGUGAUCCACCCUUUCCAGAAAAAUCUGCGUGCAUCAUUACCUGUUUGCUGGAAAAGGUUGGCGUAGUGAAGAACAACAAAUAUUCCAAGUUUGGUUUCAUGACCGCUGUCACGCCCCUAGUGUUCACAAACAGAAAGAAAUUGGAACACAUGAAAACUGUGUCGGAAAAUUGCGACAGAGAGGUAAAUCACAAACAAGAGACGCCAUGCCAACUCGGGAAUGAGGUCACCACAUGCAUCUUUAAAUACGCUCCCGAGCUGCAUUUUAAGUCUUAAGAAUGUUGAGAAUCACCAUCGUAGAACACAUUAAGAUGGAAUGUGUUUAAA